ACAAAAUAUAUGUUGGCAUAUAUGCAUCAAUAGUUAAUAUGCACCGGGGUUUUCGCCAUCGCCCUUUCCCUUUGUGCUCCUCUCCUCCUCCUUCGGAGAAAAGCGGGUCGGAUCUUGUGGCGGAUAUGGGGCAAGACGACGCCGUACCGGCGGCGGAUCAGAACGGUUCCCGUUACGGCCAUCUUUGCGCUUGCGGUCGUGGUGAUGGUGGUGGUGGUGAAGAUUCUUUGUUCCGGAAGAGCCAUUCGCCGCCGCAACCGUCGCCGUCGUCUUCGAAAUUUCUUACAUUGCCUACCGUGUUAACCCUUGGCCGUGUAGCUGCUGUUCCGAUUCUCAUCGCGACCUUUUAUGUUGAUAGAUGGGGGGCAACAACUGCAACAACAAGUUUUUUCAUUGCACCAGCCAUUACAGACUGGCUCGAUGGCUACAUUGCGAGGAAGAUGAGGCUAGAUUCUGCUUUUGGUGCAUUUUUGGAUCCAGUGGCAGAUAAGCUUAUUGUAGCAGCUACAUUGAUCUUGCUGUGUACAAGCCCUAUGGACAUUGCUGCAUUUGGACCAGUUCCAUGGUUGAUGACGGUUCCUUCUAUCGCCAUCAUUGGUAGAGAGAUAACAAUGUCUGCAGUGAGAGAAUGGGCUGCGUCGCAAAAUAACCAGCUUUCAGAGGCUGUUGCCGUGAAUAGUCUGGGCAAAUGGAAAACCGCCACGCAAAUGACGGCACUAACCAUACUUCUCGCGACCCGGGACAGUAGUGUUGGAGGGCUUGUAGCUUCAGGUGUUGCCCUACUUUAUGUAUCAGCUGGACUUUCCAUGUGGUCUUUAGUUGUUUAUAUGAGGAAGAUAUGGAGAGUUCUACUGAAGUAGUGACCGUGUGUUGCCUUCUUGCUUUGACCUCCAUUUGGUAUACGCAGAGAUGUACAGGGUUCACUGGGAUUGUGUUGUAUGAUAUCUGAGUCACUUUGCUCCAUCUGGAACCCCGUAAUGAAGCAGCAGCAGAAUCUAAUGGACUGU